GACUGAGCCUGGAGAGAGAGUGCUGGCUGUACCAUUAGUAGCUAACUUGUCAUUUCAACAUCAGUGCAGUUGAAGUAAAAUAAUCGUAUUCCAGAUUUUUAUGGAUCCUUUAGGCACAAAUCACAAAGAUGAAAAGGACACUGCUUUCAUUACAGUAGAGGAGGAGGAGGAAGAUGAAGAGGAGGAAGGUGAUGAGGAAGAUGAAGAGGAGGAAGAUAAUAGCGAGACAACAGUGAUAGACGGUGAGGAGGAAUCAGAUGACAAAGCCAAGGAGACUGAACCCCAGCAGCAGAAGGAGCAGGCCUGGGCCCCCACUACCUACUCCAAGUUUGGUAAAGAGGUGUUUUGCUACGUAGGAGAGGAGAUCAGCAUCUUUGAGGCCUUGGACUCUUACGGUGCUGUCAUCUGGCCAGCGGCGUUGGCUCUGUGUCACUACCUAGAGACCAACGUUGACCAGUUGAACCUGGUGGACAAGGCAGUGCUGGAGCUAGGAGCAGGUCCUGGCCUAGUGUCUAUUGUAGCCACACUCCUAGGUGCCUGGGUCACAGCUACAGACCUACCAGAGAUCAUAGGUAACCUGAGAGCCAACCUGCUCCGUAACACAAGAGGGCGUUGUAGGAACACUCCCCAAGCUGCAGCUCUGUCCUGGGGUCCUGACGUGGAACGCAUCUACCCUAGAUCUGUCUAUCGCUAUGACUACGUGCUGGCGGCUGACGUGGUGUAUCACCAUGACUACCUGGAAGAGCUGCUGUUCACCAUGAGAUACUUCUGCCGUCCAGGAACCACUCUGAUCUGGGCCAACAAGGUCCGCUUCAAGACAGACCUGAGCUUCACAGAGAACUUCCAGAACACCUUCAACACCACACUGCUGGCUGAGAUUGGAGAAGUAAACAUAUUCAUGGGCACGUGCCGAGAAACAGAGGAGAAACCAGAGCUAGACCCAGGAAAACAACAGGAAGAGGAGGAGGAACCAGAGCUGGUCCCAGGAAAACAACAGGAAGAGGAGGAGGAACCAAAGCUGGUCCCAGGAAAACAACAGGAAGAGGAGGAACCAGAGCUGGUCCCAGGAAAACAACAGGAAGAGGAGGAGGAACCAGAGCUGGUCCCAGGAAAACAACAGGAAGAGGAGAAGGAACCAGAGCUGGACCCAGGAAAACAACAGGAAGAGGAGGAACCAGAGCUGGUCCCAGGAAAACAACAGGAAGAGGAGGAGGAAGAACAUGUUUGUUUACAGGUGGAUGAAAAUGCUUUAGAUGAAAAGAAGGAAGAGUUUGAAGCAGAUCAAACAACUGAGAAUGAGGAAGAAGACGAAACGCAGAAGGAAGGACUGAAAGAGGAGAACAAGGACAGAGAAAACCAGGAAGACUCUCAGGAUUGCAGAGACGAUGAAGAGCAGCAGAAUUCUGCUGGCUCACGUUCUAUCUCCGAAUCAGAGCUUGAGGGUCUUGAGGAGGCAGGCACUCAGGACUCAAAUGUCCAACGGGAGGAGAGACCAGUCUGGGUCGAACAGUUUGUUGUGGAGGCAGAUAAAAUUUCAGAGGAACAAGACAACAGUUUGGACGAGGAGGAAGCUGAUGCAGAUGAUGGCAGUAGCCAAGCAUGGGAGAAACAGACGUUGGAACAUAGUGAUGAAGGAUAUGGGGAUGAUGAUGAUGGUGAUGCAGAAAACACUAACUCCCUCUGUAGCACUGAAGCCACUGACGAAGACAUUAUCGAGGAGCUGGACACCAAGGAUACAGGAGAUGCCCAGCUGGAUAAUACCCACGUCCCCUGGAUACGACUGGACAGAGAGGUCUACUUCUAUGCUGGGCACAAAAUCAACAUCGUCGAAGCAAUGGACUCCCAUGGCGGAGUGAUAUGGCCAGCAGCGUUGGCUCUAUGUAACUACCUGGAGACCAAUACUGAUGUGAUAGAUCUGAAAGGAAAGCAGGUUUUGGAACUGGGAUCAGGGACAGGAUUAGUGUCUAUCGUCGCCAGUCUACUGGGUGCCCAGGUGACGGCCACCGACCUCCCAGACGUCCUUAGUAAUCUGAGAUACAACUUGCUCCGAAACACCAGAGGGCGCUCUAAAUAUACACCUGAGGUGACAGCUCUGUCCUGGGGUCCUGAGGUGGAACGCACUUACCCACGAUCCGUGUAUCGCUAUGACUACGUGCUGGCGGCUGACGUGGUGUACCACCACGACUUAGAGGAGCUGUUGGUUACCAUGAAAUACUUCUGUCGUCCAGGAAACACUCUGAUCUGGGCCAACAAGGUCCGCCUCAAGACAAACCUGGUAUUCACUGAGGACUUCAAGAACACAUUCAACACCACCCUGCUGGCUGAGAUGGGAGAGGUUAAGAUCUUCAAGGCCACGUGUAAAAGGUAGGAAUUAUGGAAAGAAGGAUGAGGAACUACUGUCGACAUCCUGCCGACUGUAACCAAGACUGAGAGUCUUUUCUUCUUCCUCUGAGAAAUGCUUGAAGACAGAAGGCGGCCAUCUUGGCUAAUGAUAAUGGACGUUGAUGGACUACUGAUGUUGUUGUUGAUGUUUGAUUUCUACUUUCAAAUGAUCUACUACAUAUAGUGCUUUAUUGUUUACUUUGUUUUUACACACGUACUUAGAUAGUUGAUAUUAAUAUUAAAAUGUAU